GCUACAGAUGGAGCACCUGUCAUGGUUGGACGUUAUCGUAGAUUUAUAAGCUAUUUAAAACAAAAUGUGUCAGGGGUGUUAGCAAUACAUUGCGUCAUCCAUCGACAACAUUUAGUUGCUAAAAAGUUGAGUGUUAGAUUGCAUGAAUCACUUCAUUUAGUCAUUGAUGCAGUUAACCGAAUCCGAAGCAACGCGUUGAAUACGCGGUUAUUUGCGCAGUUGUGUGAAGAAAAUGACGAACACUUUGAUCAAUUACUCCUUCACACUGAAGUACGCUGGUUGUCGAAAGGCUUAUGUUUGACAAGAUUUUUUGCACUUUUUGAGACUAUUUUAGAAUUUCUGGAUACUAAAGAAUAAAUUUUAAAAGAAAAUUUAAUGAAGAGGAAACAGACAUCGCCCUAUUUAA